AUGGACAAUGAAGAUUCUGGGUUUGUAGAUUGUGCAUUGGUAUCUGAAAAUUCAGGUAGUGAUUGGGAAGUGGAUGAGGAUGGGAACUGUAUAGGUAGAAGGAAAAUAGUUACUUAUGACCCUAAAUGUGAACAUAGUACUCUUGAGUUUAUGUUGGGGAUGAGAUUCAUAAGCAUAGAAGAGUGGCUUGACGUGAAAAAUCGCAUGGCAUCGGCAGACGACAGGCUGGGCGACUCAUACAGGACUUCCUCGAUGAUGCGUGCGGAACUUCCUAGGGGACGCAUGUGUGGAUGGAUGGGCGUUGAAGAGUGGCUCUCGGUUGCGUGGGCACGGUAG